GAUUUAUCUGGCUCUCUCUUCUCCCAUUCUCCUUUGUUUUUUUGUUUUGUGGGUAUAUUUUCUUGUUUAGUCACCUUUCAGAAGUGAUGUCUCUCCGUUUUUAUUCACUAGGGUUUACUUUAUUUAACUGCGUCAUUCCGCACCACUCUCUUGCCCUUCCACACCCUAAAACAUCUCUCUCUUGCCCUUUGCAUGAUCUAUGUAUAGAUGUUUCUUAAUUAGUCUUCCCCUUUCACUCCUUUUUCAAUUUUGGUGUUCUUGUUCAGUCUUCUUUUAACUUUUUGGCUCCUCAUCUUUUAUGUUUGUCUUGUGUUGUGUCCCUCUCAUAUACUAGCUAGUGUUAAUUUCCUCUUCUUCUACUAUCCAUUAUGAGUGAUCCUUAUACCAAUUACUUCCAUGGAUGGUUCAAUAAUCUCAACCCUCUUUACCAUUUCUCCUCUUCUUCUUCUUCUUCAUCCUCCUCAUCUUCUAGUACUCCUCCUUUUUCUUCCUAUAACUAUAUCUUGCCCUCUUCAACAAAUUUCCAAUAUUUUCAAUCUUCACCACCUUCUCCUCCUUUGAAAGAACCUCUUCCUCUCCUUAGUUUGAGCCCAACAAGGCAAAUUAUUCAAGAUUACUCAUCUAAUACUAUGGAAGUUGAUAAUUAUAGUAAGGAAAACAAAGAAGAGAGCUUCAUUUCUAACUUUGGUGAUGAAGAAUUAGAUGAUGAAAGUGUUAGUGUAUCCUUACAAUUAGGGCUUCCUAAUCCAAGCCCUGAUGUUAUUUCAAGGAUUUCUUCCACUACAAACACUGAAGAAAUUACCAACAAAGAAGAAGAAGUUACUGUGGCCAAUAUUGGAUAUUCUAAUUCUACAAGCACACUUCACAAGGGUCAAUAUUGGAUCCCAACACCAGCCCAGAUUUUGAUUGGUCCUACACAAUUUUCAUGUCCUCUUUGCUUCAAGACUUUCAAUAGAUAUAAUAACAUGCAGAUGCACAUGUGGGGGCAUGGAUCUCAAUACAGAAAAGGACCAGAAUCUCUAAGGGGAACACAACCAACAGCAAUGCUAAGGCUUCCUUGCUUUUGUUGUGCACCUGGCUGCAGGAACAAUAUUGAUCAUCCAAGGGCUAAGCCAUUGAAAGAUUUUAGAACCCUUCAGACACAUUACAAAAGAAAGCAUGGAAUCAAGCCAUUCAUGUGUAGGAAAUGUGGCAAAGCAUUUGCUGUAAGAGGUGAUUGGAGAACUCAUGAGAAGAAUUGCGGAAAGCUUUGGUAUUGCACUUGUGGAUCAGAUUUUAAGCAUAAAAGGUCACUUAAAGAUCAUAUUAAGGCAUUUGGGAAUGGACAUGCAGCUUAUGGUAUUGAUUGCUUAGAGGAAGAGGAUGAACCUGCUUCAGAAAUUGAACAAGACAAUGAUCAUGAUCCUUCAAAUUGACAAUAUGGGGUAUGGGGAACUGAUACUAGUUGUGUAAGACUUAUUUUUAUCUCGGAAAAAAAAAAAUGUGGACUCAAAAUGUAAGAUUUGGGUCCACUUUUUCAUGAGACGGAGACAAACCUUACAUAACUAGUGUCAGUUGUAUGAGGCACAUCAUAAAAAAUUCCGGGGUACCGGGGAAGGCUAGUUUUGAGAACUACAUAUUUUCUUUCUCUCUUUGUUUAUGUUGCACUUCUAGCCUUGUAUCAUUUUCCUUAGUUGCAACUUUAAUCUUCCUUGAAAGGAAAUGUUGCACUUAUGAGAAGAGAAGUUAGCGCUCUCUUUAUAUCUACAAGUAUGUUUUAGUAACUUUUUUGUUCCGUUUUAUUUACUACUAUAUGUUAAUUUUCCUCUUUUUGACCAUA